AUGUGGAAAAAGCACGAAGAUGAGAAAUUGAAAGUUGGAGUUGAGAGGUACGGACCCAACGCCUGGAAAAGAGUGUCAGCCUCAAUCAUGAAUCAUCGCCGUUCUCCACUUUCGUGCAAGGAAAGAUACAAAAUUCUCAUGGAACCGAAGUUUUGGACUGUUGAAGAAGACCUCAAACUCAAAAACGAAGUCGCAAAGUUCGGAUAUGAUGUUCAGUGGACAACGAUCGCGUCGGUGAUGAAUCGAUCUUUUCUGUCUUGCAAAAAUCGAUAUGAUUUUCUUAUGGAUGAGACUUCUGUCACUAUGCCACCGACUGCGACUUCCACUUCGAAAUCAAGUUCAUCCGAAAAUUUCAAGGGUGGAAACAACUCUAGUACUGGUGGACCACGAAGAGGAAUGAAACGGAAGAUUCAAUGCUGA